GCGCGAGCACGAACACGAGCACGAGCACGAGCUGAGGCUUUCUCUGUGCUGUAACACUGCCAGAGACCAGGAAGUGAAAGUAUACGCGUGAGGGUGUGUCUUUCGCUUCCUGGCUAUGUUUUAUUUUCAAUAACACAGUCCUGCUUGGCUAAUCGAAUGGGCGACUCGGCGAGGACCAAGCGGUGGGAGCAGCUAAAGCGCUGGGCCGGUUCCUGUACCGACAAAGCGUCGGCCUUGCCCCGGCGGAGAUGGCGAGGCGAUGCCUUGGAAAGAGGAAGCGAGGAGCCGGAGGCCGACCUGCAGGACCCGCCGACCGGGCAGCCCAUUUUAAGAGGCGAUGAAAGCAGCCCACUUCUCAAGAGACGAAAAAGGGUGAGGUUUGACAGAGCUGCAGAGUUCCUGGCUGCGUGUGCCACCGGGGACACAGAGGAGGCCCAAGUGAUGCUGCAAGAGGCCAAGGAGAUGAUGAGCAGCAACAAGGAGGAUGGGGAAAUUAUUAAUUGCUCCAAUGCUGAUGGGAUAACUGCGUUGCAUCAGGCCUGCAUCGAUGGCAGCAUGGAGAUGGUGUCUUUUCUUUUGGAGCAUGGUGCCAACGUAAACCAGGUUGACAGUGAGGGCUGGACACCCUUGCAUGUUGCUGCCUCCUGCGGCUACCGUGAUAUAGCAGAGUUCCUUUUGCGACGUGGUGCUGCUCUCUGUGCUGUCAACUGUGAUGGUGACGUCCCCAUGGACAUCGCUCUGGAUGAAACCACUGAAUCCCUUCUCCAGGAAUACACUCUGAGACAAGGUGUGGACUUGGAGGCAGUAAAGCGGGUUGAGGAGGAGCAGAUCACAAGAGAUGCUCGGACCUGGCUGACUGAGGGACCGCCUGCUGACGUACGACAUCCCAGGACUGGAGCCACUCCGCUACAUGUGGCCGCAGCCAAAGGCUACGUGGAAGCUCUUAAGCUACUGUGUCAGUGUGGGCUCGAUGUGUCAGCGAUGGACUUUGAUGGGUGGACUCCUCUUCACGCUGCUGCACACUGGGGUCAGGGCGAGGCCUGUCACAUUUUAGCUGAACAGAUGUGCAAUAUGGAAGCCCGCAGCAGCUCAGGUCAGACACCUUUGGAUGUAGCAGAUGAAAGUGUGGAGGAGCUCCUGGAGGAUUUAGCUCAGAAACAGGCCAAUUGGCGCAAUGAGCAGUCAAUACGAGAACGGCAAAACCAACAAGGUGCCACAGCUGUAAAUGCGCAAAAUAAAAAGCGGAGGAGCUCAGUGUGCAGGAUGAGCAGUAAAGAAAAGUUGAACCUGCAGGACCAAUCAAAAGAAAGGGGUGUCUCGGCAGGCCUGGAACUAACGUUCAGGCUCAACCAACAGUUUGUUGUUGUCUCUCCAGAGAGCUCCACUGUGUCCAGUCCAGACACUGAAAGUGGGACCACAACGGCAGUCAGUCAAGUUGACAAGACAUCAGACGAGAGAGGCGGCGAGGAAGACAAGGAGCAUGACAAGGCGGUUCGCACUGCAAGAGUCCAGCCCACCCCUCAUACGAGGGACAGUACAUCUGAAAGUCCCAACACACCAACUACUGAGCGCCGCAAGUUUCAGGCUCCAGUAAGAGAUGAGGAAUCUGAGUCUCAGAGGAAGGCUCGCUCUCGACUCUUGCGCCAGUCCCGUCGCUCCACUCAGGGUGUGACCUUAACAGACCUAAAGGAAGCUGAGAAGACUGUGUCUAAAGCUGCGGAUCCCCUGCCUCGUAACAUUCAGCCCGUCAGCCCCAUCAUCACCCCUUCCCCAUGUGUUCCAGAUACGGACCCAGUGAAGCAGGAGGAGCCUGAGGGAGACAGGCGUCUGGGAGUGAAGGACAGGAGGCGAGCGAGAAAAGAGAGACGCUCCACUGGCGUCAUUCAGCCGAGUGGAGAGAAUGAUGAAGAGGAUGCUCAUUUGGAUGAUACAGAGAACGCCUCAACUGCGAGUGGAUUAGGGGACGCUGACUACAGGAUGCUCUACUUCCAGAUACUGCAGCAGAACCUCACACUGAAGGACAAGCUGCAGGAGAUGGAAUCGUUGCUCAGCCAAAACAAAGUGGAGCUGGAAAGACUCAAACAGAGUCAAGAUAGCAGUACAGAGAGGCCUGCCCUUUUGGAGCUGGAGAGAUUUGAGAAGUUGGCCCUCCAGAGGAGAGCAGUGGAACUGGAAGACGAGUUGAAGGUUCUGGGAGACCUGAAAGCAGACAACCAGAGGCUCAAGGAUGAGAAUGCUGCCCUCAUUCGAGUCAUCAGUAAACUGUCCAGAUGAAAAGUGAAAAAAAAGGAGGAACUUAACGUAUUAAUAGGACAGAGCAUAGUUACAAUUAUGCACAGCAAAGUUUAACUGAACAGAAUUUCAGGGCUAUUGCAUAUUUACUGUAUGACGACAAAGCUGAAGUGCACCUUCUGUGAGUGGGGGGGCAGGGCUGCAUGUCGCUCCUGUUCACAUCCUCUUCUAGAUUCCGUUUUAUAGUUGUUUUUAACUGGAAUAUUUUACAGGGCUUCUCUCCCUUUUUUGUUUUUGUUUGUACAAACCUUUAAGAGACUAAAAGCCAUGCUCUUUCAUACUUUUGACCUCCGGCGGUGGAAAGGAAAAAAAGAAACUGCGCUUGGUUAAUAGGAAAACAAAAAUGUGCCAAAUCCGGCCCAAAUUGAACAAAUGAAUGAAUGUUGUAUUGCCUGUUGUUUGUUAGGGUAAAUCUGGAUUUUUUUUUUUUUAAGACUGCUGCAAAGGCGGACCAAAUGUGUAAUGUUUAUUUCUGUGUGCGUGUACAGAUGUGUAAAUUGUGUACAUACAGGCAUUAUUGGCAUUUCAUGUUGCUCUUUUCGAACUGGAGGUUUCUGAAUGCAGCAUCUUGGAAGCAAAGUAUACCAUUGACCCAAGAAUGAAUUUCUACUUUUCAGUCGACAAGGCCGGAUUGUUCGCUGUUUACUGUACUGCCUUUGAAAGAAGCGUAUUGGAUGUCAACUAUUGUGUUGCUGUGCCUUUCAAAUAUUCUAUUUUGUCAUAACAGAUUAAUAUUAAGCAUAACAUUCUGACUCAUUAUGUAAUUUGCUGUACAUAUUUGCUUUUGGGAAAAAGUAGCCAAAAAAUGUUACAUGGUCAAAAGUCUUACUUUACAUUAGAAUCAGCCGCACAACAAAGUGGAGUUCCACAAUAGUUGUGCGCAAUUGUUCCAAGUCAAACCACCACAAUUCAGAGCCCAAGUUGAGCAAAAUCUUUAUUGACCAAGAACAAUCACAAAUGAUAUCAUGUACAACCCCACCGGCAUGCCAGUGAUUUCAUAGAAACUAUACAAUGUGAAGGAAUGUAUGGCGCAGGAAUACAUACGGUAGCGUCCAUUAGAACAACAAAGGCUCAAUUACAUCCAUCUGCGCUGGACCAGCACCAAGUUCAUUUAGGGUUUGUUACCGGUCACUUGUUUCAGUGUUUAAUUGAAAUCCUACUGCUUUUAGGGUUAUGUGACUGUUGUCAAUGCAUUAAAAAAAAAUAAUAA